UUUUGCACGAUAAUAUGCAAGAAAUUGGACGGGAAGAUGGAAUAAACCGUUGGCUCAUGGGUUGACAUCGACUGAUUUGCUAUUUGUGGCCAAGACUGGUGAGGCAGCAUGACCCGAGAGUCAGAAAAAGCAUGUGCCCGUGCAAGAAGGGUAGUAGGGCCGUGGAAAACGGAAGAGGGGGUGGAAACUUUCAUGGCACUUUCGUAGCAGGGCAUCCAACAGACGCGUAGAUCUCUCUUGCCAACGGACGAGCACACCUUGAAAAUAGGAUUAGCCCAGCAUGGUACGUGAGAGAAGGAACGCCUCUGUAUGAUUUUGGGAGGAAGGAGGUGUUGAUUUGGUCGAGGACAGGAUGGAGAGUUGCUUGCAUGUGUUCUCGAGCAAGACGAAGGAGAUGUUUGGGCCGUUACAUGACAAGGCCAGGAGCACCACGGCGUUGAUUCAAUCCUCGACGAGAGGAGUCAUCGUCGUCUUCGUCGUUCUCUUUCUUCUCGUGGUCUUAAUUUCUGUUCGCUUCAUCAACAACGAAUCCCUCACAGCCGGCGUGGCCGCCAUAGCCUCCAAGACUCAUCAAACUUUCUUUGGACGCUCGGAGCCCCACAGACCGGCAGCAGCACAAGCCGUCCAUUUUGCCUGCGGCCUCGGAAACCAAGUCACCACCACCCCGUGCCGAAGAAGAACACCACCCUCACCACCAUCUCCAUCGUCUCCUCUGCCUUCCCCUUCCUGCCCUGACUACUUCCGGUGGAUCCACGAGGACCUCCGUCCCUGGAGCCACACCGGCAUCACUCCCGACAUGGUGGCCGGUGCCCAGAAGUUCGCCGACUUCCGGCUCGUCAUCCUCGACGGCCGGGUUUACAUGGAGAAGUAUCGCGGCGCGUUCCAGACCCGAGAUGUGUUCACCCUCUGGGGAAUCCUUCAGCUGCUGAGCCGAUACCCCGGCCGCAUUCCCGACCUGGAACUCAUGUUCAACUGCGGCGACAUGCCGGUCGUUCCGUACGCCGGCCGCCGGGAUUCUCCUCCGCCGCCGCCGCUCUUCCGCUACUGCAAGGAUGAUUCCACGGCCGACAUCGUGUUCCCGGACUGGUCCUUCUGGGGUUGGCCUGAGAUCAAUAUAAAGCCGUGGGUGACGCUGAGCGAGGAGCUGAGAGAAGCGAACCAGAGGAUGAGUUGGAUGAAAAGAGAGCCGUACGCUUACUGGAAGGGCAAUACGGGCGUGUGCGAGACUCGGCGGCAGGUGAUGCGGUGCGACGGCAAGGAAUGGAAUGCUCGGAUAUACCAGCAGGACUGGGUUAGAACGAUAAAGGAAGGGUUUAAGGGAUCAAAUUUAGCCGACCAAUGCAAACAUAGGUAUAAGAUUUUUAUCGAAGGGAGGGCUUGGUCGGUGAGCGAGAAGUAUAUUUUGGCGUGCGACUCGCCAACGCUGUACGUGAAGACUCGGUUCCAUGAUUUCUUCUCGAGGGGGCUGAUUCCUGGACGCCAUUACUGGCCCAUUCCAGAGAGGGAUAAGUGUAGGUCGAUCAAGUUUGCGGUGGAUUGGGGCAACUCCCAUAAGCAAGAG